ACAUUCGUUUUAUCUGCCGCAAAAGCUUAGCUUAGCUUAGCUAGCCAAUUCAGAUCGAUCGAACAGGUCGACCGGCAUGAUGAUCAAUUUCCUCCCCCUUUAUUAUUAUGGCUUAUUAUCGUGCGGCGGCGCUGCCAUGAUCAUCAUCUACUCCGCCCACCGACUUCUUUCCCGCGCCCGCUACCCCGCCGUAUUCUUGCUAAACUAUUCAUGUUACAAACCGCCGGAACAAAGAAAGUGCUCUUACGAGGUGGCGGAGGCUUUCGUCCGCCGCAGCGACCACCGUUUCUCCGACGAAACCCUCAACUUCAUGCGCAAUAUUUAUGCCAAGUCGGGGUUAGGGGACGAAACCUACGCCCCUCAGUUCAUAUUCGACGCCGCCGCGGAGAAAGAUUCUUGUUGUACGACGCGCCCCACGCUCAAAUGCGCCCUUCAAGAAGCCGAGGAGGGUAUUUUCUCUUCCGUGGAUGCCCUUUUCGCCAAAACCCUAAUCCCUCCUUCCUCCAUUGAUGUCGUCAUCGUUACAUGCGGGAGCUUCUCGCCCACUCCUUCCCUUUCCUCGCUGAUCAUCAACCGUUAUAAGCUUCGACCGGAUGUGAAGGCGUAUAACCUCAGUGGGAUGGGGUGCAGUUCCGGCGUCAUUUCCAUCGACCUCGCUGCCAGGCUUUUGCGUGGCGGCGGCGGCGGGCGUCGACAGAACGCCCUUGUGGUAGUCACCGAGAGCAUUACCCUCAAUUGGUACCACGGGGCUAGUCGCUCCAUGCUCGUCACCAAUUGUCUCUUUCGAGUCGGCUGCACGGCUGCUCUCAUCACGAAUGACCCGAGUUUUCGCCGAGUCGCAAAGAUGGAACUCGUCGACUCCCUCAGGACUCACCACGGCGCGGAUGAGAGUUCGUACCGCGCCGCAUUUCAGAUGGAGGAUGAGGAUGGGAUCACUGGAGUGGCCCUAACUAAAGAUCUAGUGAGGGUGGCUGGUGUCAACUUGCGCAACCACAUUAAAAUCCUAGCCCCGCGAGUUCUCCCACUGAGUCAACUCACGAGCUACCUAGUCUCCGCCGUGCUAUCGGCCACGCUAUCGUCCCUGUACGGCGGGCGCCGGUCGAAGAUUAUUCCGCCUCCGAAGGUGCCGGAUUUCACCACAGCAUUCGAGCACAUGUGCAUACACACAGGUGGGAGGGCGGUGAUAGAUCAGGUGGCGAGGGUGUUGCGGCUGAGCGACGAGGUGACUGAGGCGGCUCGGAUGUGCCUGAACCGGUUCGGCAACACGUCUAGUAGCCUUGUGUUCUAUGAGUUGGCUUACUUUGAAGCCAAAAAGAGGGUGAAGAAAGGUGACAGAAUGUGGAUGAUAGCGUUCGGUACAGGGUUUAAGGUUGGGAGCCUCGUUUGGAAGUGGGUUCAAGACGGGACUCGGGAAGAAGAUGACGAUAAUCCAUGGAGUGAUUGCAUACGAAAUUUCCCUUUGAAAUCGAUCUGAUGAGUAAAGCUAAAGAUCGAUAGAUAAUACUGUAAUUAAUGUUUGGUACCGCGCCUAUAGUAUAAUAAUAAUAAUAAGAUGACAACUCCGGUAUCUUUCUAAAAAAUGGGGUAUCGUACCUAUCAUUUAUUUGAUUGGACCACGUUACUUUAUCAUUUUUAAUUUAGAUUUAAAUAGUUCAACUGCUACAUUCUCAUUGAUUGCUACAUUCUUGGUUCAUGUGGACAAAGGUUACCUCAACUUUACGUAUUAAAUUAG